AUGAAGAAAUUUAAUUUCCGCAAAGUUUUGGAUGGUUUAACUGCCUCAUCUCCUGGUGGCAGUAGCAGUGGUGGCAGUAGCAGUGGUGGUGGAAUUGGGGCUGGAAGUGGAUCCGUGCAUCCAGGAGGGACUGCAGGUGCUGCAGGGACACCCAGAGAUGAGAUCCAGGAAAUCCUAUCUUCGGAUUAUUUCCAGAUUUGUAAGACGGUUCGCCAUGGUUUUCCUUAUUUGCCCACUGCCUUAGCUUUUGACCCAGUUCAGAAAAUUCUGGCUGUGGGGACAAGAACAGGAGCCAUACGAAUACUGGGCAGACCUGGUGUUGAUUGCUACUGCCAACACGAAAGUGGUGCCGCGGUACUGCAGCUCCAGUUCUUAAUCAAUGAGGGUGCCUUGGUCAGUGCGAGUGCAGAUGACACACUUCAUUUGUGGAACCUAAGACAGAAACGGCCGGCUAUUCUUCAUUCUCUGAAAUUUAACAGAGAACGAAUUACUUACUGCCAUCUACCUUUCCAAAGUAAAUGGCUCUACGUUGGAACAGAGAGGGGAAAUACACAUAUUGUAAAUAUUGAGUCCUUCAUUCUUUCUGGAUACGUUAUCAUGUGGAACAAGGCAAUAGAACUAUCCACAAAGACUCACCCUGGCCCAGUUGUACACCUAAGUGAUAGCCCACGAGAUGAGGGAAAACUAUUAAUAGGCUAUGAAAAUGGGACGGUGGUACUCUGGGACUUGCGAUCAAAAAGAGCAGAUUUAAGAGUUUACUAUGAUGAGGCUAUUCAUUCUGUAGACUGGCAUCAUGAGGGGAAGCAGUUCAUGUGCAGUCACUCUGAUGGCAGCUUGACUCUGUGGAACUUGAAAAGUCCUAGCAGACCAUUUCAGAUAACAAUCCCACAUGGAAAAAUUCAAAGAGAUGGGAAAAAACCUGAGUCUUGUAAACCAAUUCUUAAAGUAGAGUACAAGACAUGUAAAAGCAGUGAACCAUUUAUAAUCUUUUCUGGUGGACUGUCCUAUGACAAAGCUUGUCGAAGACCAAGUCUAACCAUCAUGCAUGGAAAAGCUAUUACGGUGCUUGAAAUGGAUCACCCUAUAGUUGACUUUUUAACUCUUUGUGAAACACCAUAUCCAAAUGAAUUUCAAGAACCCUAUGCUGUAGUUGUACUAUUGGAAAAAGAUCUCAUUGUUGUUGACCUAACACAAAGCAAUUUUCCAAUCUUUGAAAAUCCUUAUCCCAUUGACAUUCAUGAGUCACCAGUUACCUGCACAGAAUAUUUUGCUGACUGUCCUCCAGAUUUGAUUCCCGUAUUGUAUUCUGUAGGAGCUAAACAUAAAAAGCAAGGAUACAGCAAUAAGGAAUGGCCAAUCAGUGGGGGAGCAUGGAACCUAGGAACACAGACAUAUCCUGAAAUUAUUAUUACAGGUCAUGCAGACGGAUCGAUAAAGUUUUGGGAUGCCUCUGCCAUAACUCUACAGAUGUUGUACAAGUUAAAAACCUCAAAAGUGUUUGAAAAACAGAAGCUAGGGGAAGGAAAACCAACAGCUGAGAUUGUAGAAGAAGAUCCUUUUGCCAUUCAGAUGAUGUACUGGUGCCCUGAAAGCCGAAUAUUCUGUGUGGCGGGAGUCUCUGCAUAUGUUAUUGUUUACAGAUUCAGCAAACACGAAGUGAAUACUGAAAUAGUGUCAUUAGAGGUGCGACUUCAGUAUGACGUAGAAGAUAUCAUUACUCCUGAACCAGAAAUAAUUCCUCCGUUUCCUGAUGCCUCAUCCCAACUUCCUUCCUUAAAGAGCCUUUCAGGCAGUACCAACACUGUGGCAUGUGAAGGAACGAUGAAGGACAGUAUCCCAUGUCUUAGUGUUAAGACUCGACCUGUGCGAAUGCCUCCUGGGUACCAAGCAGAACUUGUUAUUCAGUUGGUGUGGGUGGAUGGUGAGCCUCCACAACAAAUCACCAGUCUGGCCGUAAACUCAGCCUAUGGACUAGUUGCAUUUGGGAACUGCAACGGUUUGGCUGUUGUGGAUUUUAUGCAGAAGACAGUAUUGCUGAGCAUGGGAACCAUUGACCUCUACGGAUCAAGUGAUCCAUACCAGCGUCAGCCCCGUUCUCCACGCAAAAACAAGCAGUUCACUGCAGACAACUUUUGCAUGCGUGGCCUGUCUAACUUUUAUCCAGAUUUAACGAAACGGAUCCGUACUUCCUAUCAGAGCCUGACUGAACUCACUGACAGUCCAGUUUCCCUGGAGCUAGAGCGUUGCAAGUCUCCCACUUCAGAUCAUUUAAACGGGCACUGUACAAGCCCAACCUCCCAGACUUGCAGCUCUGGAAAACGGCUCUCUAGCGCAGAUGUUACAAAAUCAAAUCGCCGAGGGCCUGGGAGGCCCCCAUUUAGAAAAGCACAGUCUGCGGCUUGCAUGGAGAUAUCCCUUCCAGUCACAACAGAAGAAAACCGGGAAAACACCUUCAGCCGUUCCCGAAGCUCCAGUGUCUCCAGCAUCGACAAGGAGUCCAAGGAAGCAAUUACAGCUUUGUACUUUAUGGAGACCUUUUCACGGAAGAAUGACUCUACGGUCUCCCCCUGUCUGUGGGUUGGAACAGGCCUUGGUAUGGUUUUAAUCAUCUCCCUUAAUCUGCCUGCUACUGAGGAAUUAAGGCAGACAGAACCAGUCAUGGUGUCUCCAAGUGGUACAGUUCUGACACUGAAGGGAGCAGUGCUGACUUUUUCAUGCCUGGACUGCAUGGGAGCAUUGAUACAUCCACCCUAUGAAGUAUGGAGGGACCCAAACAGCAUAGAUGACAGUGAAAAAACGAGAAAAAGGAAACUUGUCAUGUAUUCUCCUUCGUCCUCCCAGGAUAUGGGAGAUCAUCAGUUUGCUGUCAUCUGCUCAGAAAAACAAGCCAAAGUUUUCUCACUGCCUUCCCAGACAUGCCUCUAUGUUCACAACAUCACAGAAACGUCCUUUCUAUUGCGAGCAGAUGUGGUGACCCUGUGUAACAGCAUCUGCCUGGCUUGCUUUUGUGCCAACGGGCAUAUCAUGACAAUGAGCUUGCCCAGCCUUCGCCCAAUGCUGGAUGUCAACUAUUUGCCAGUUACAGACAUGAGGAUAGCACGGACAUUUUGUUUCACCAAUGAAGGGCAAGCUUUGUAUCUCAGCUCUCCCACGGAGAUCCAGCGACUGACAUACAGCCAGGAGAUGUGUGACAAUCUACAGGACAUGCUUGGGGAUUUGUUUACCCCAGUGGAAACACCAGAAGCCCAGAACAGAGGCUUUCUCAAGGGGCUGUUUGGAGGAAGCGGGCAGACCUUUGACAGAGAAGAGCUGUUUGGCGAGGCUUCAGCAGGAAAAGCCUCUCGGAGUCUGGCUCAGCACAUCCCUGGCUCGGGUGGAAUCGAGGGUAUGAAAGGAGCUGCAGGAGGGGUAAUCGGAGACUUGGCUCGUGCACGCCUCGCCCUUGAUGAGAGAGGACAGAGACUAGGAGAACUGGAUGAAAAGACUGCAAGCAUGAUGGCUAGUGCAGAGGCAUUUUCCAAACAUGCACAUGAGUUGAUGCUGAAAUAUAAGGACAAGAAAUGGUACCAGUUUUAG